AGCCGGCCGCAUGCCGAUCCGCACGUACCCGAGCCUUAGGAGCGGCUGCUCGGCGGCUGAGCUUGGGUUUGAACGGGAGGACAGGCGGCAGCCGGCGGCAGAGCACGGCGUCUCCCGAGUUUCGUGUUUUAAGGGAAAUGCGACAGGAAUCAGGACCCGGGGGUCGGCCCCAUUUCGCCUGCGCCGACAGGCCUGGCGAGCGGCCUCAGCCCCCGCGCGGAGCGGGGUUCGCGGGGACCGAGUCGCCCCGCCUCGCGCGGGAGGCUGGCGCCC